CUUUAUCACGUGAGUGUGAAAGGACUGCUUGUGCAUGUGCGAAAUGACGCACAGGCUUCAGGUGGUUGCGAAGCAUGUGCUGGUGCAAGCACCAGUUGCCGGCAAAGAGCAUGCCGUCUACGAGCCGGGCACACACUUCGGAGUUUUGCCCGAGUACGAGCACAAGUGGCCUUUCGCCGAAGAUGGCCCGCUGUCCGAGAAGAAUGCACCGCCGAAUUGCUUUCCACUAAUGCUCGAACAAGCCGCUCAGCGCGUGGGCAAGGAGGUGGCAUUGGCCGCCGAAAAGCCCGUGCCGCAUGUUCUGCGACCUGGCGAAGCUCCAUCUUUGCCAUGGGAGGAAUGGACCAAAUGGACAUGGAAGGAAUACUAUGACGACGCACGGCGGUUGGCAAAGGCAUUUAUUAAGUUGGGGGUGGAACAGUUCGGCAGCGUCACCAUCUUCGGUUUCAAUGCACCCGAAUGGGCCUUGAGCGCUAUGGGUGCGAUGAUGUGCGGCGGUAAGUUUGUCGGAAUCUAUUCCACUGACACCCCAGAGCAGGUGCAGUACAAAGUGGAUCACUCCAAUGCUGCAGUCGCAGUUGUGGACAGCCAUGCCGAGUUUGCCGCCACGGUGGCUCACAUCGAGGAGUUGACUUGCCUCAACGCCAUCGUUUGCUGGGGCACUUUCGAGCCCACCGUCAUCAAACGGAAAGAUGGCAGCGUGUGUAAAGUCAUGUCCUUCCAGGAGUGCCUGGAAUUUGGCGACUCUCAGGGGUCUGAUGAGGCUUUGGCGCAGCGAAUGCAGGCCAUGAGGCCCGGGCAUGCCAUGGGCAUCAUCUACACCUCGGGCACCACGGGGCAGCCGAAAGCAGUGAUGAUCCAUCAUGAUGCGGUGGUGGCACAGGGUGCCAUUGGAUGCCUGGACAAUACCGGCAUUCUUGAAGGAUACCCUGCAAGGAUUAUUUCUUACCUUCCUCUAUCUCACAUUGCGGGUUCUCUGAUGGAUCUGCUGUUCCCCGUUUACAUGGCAUACAGCAAGGGCCUGCCCAGCACCGUUUACUUUGCCCGCCACUACGAUCUGAAAGAGAUGACCUUGGCGGCCCGGCUGCAGUUUGUUCGUCCCACCAUCUUCUUGGGUGUGCCACGUGUCUACGAGAAGAUGCAAGCACGCAUGAUGGCAGUUGCUGCAACCAUCACAGGUGUAAAGAAAUCCCUUGCCACUUGGGCCAAGGGCAAGGGGUUGGAGUACUGCAGGUCUUUGCAGGCUGGUGGCUCCGGAUCAAAACCAUUCUUCCACACCAUUGCCGACAAGCUGGUUCUGUCAAAAGCCAGGGAUGCGUUGGGCCUGGACAAAUGCAAGAUCUUCAUUGCAGGAGCCGCCCCAAUCUCUCGAGAAACCUUGGAGUACUUCGGUCAACUGGGGAUGAUGAUCCAGAACGUCUAUGGUAUGAGCGAAAGUGCUGGCCUCACAACCUUGUGCCUGAAGGACCACAACGAGUUCGGCAGUGUUGGACAGGCGCCAUCAGGGUUUGAGGUGAAGCUGUUCAAGACAGGGCCGAAUGGAGAGAACAUUGAGGUUCCCAGAGCAAAGCCUGGACUGAAAGUUGUUCCUGAGGAGAAUCAAGGUGAGAUUUGCUUCCGCGGACGACACAUCAUGAGUGGCUACAUGGCAAACCCCAGGUUCGGUGAUGAACACGUCCAGGACAUCACUGAGAAGAAUGCAUCUACCAUUGACAAAGAGGGCUGGCUUCACAGCGGAGAUAAGGGCUACAUGGACACCAAUGGCGUGGUGAGAAUCACCGGUCGCUACAAGGAGCUGAUCAUCGGUGCAGGCGGUGAGAACAUCGCCCCGGUCCCUGUGGAAGAAGCCAUCAAGAAAUCCGCACCAGCGCUUUCGAAUGUGAUGAUGGUGGGUGACAACCGGAAGUACAACAUCGCACUGGUGACGCUGCUCUGUGAAGGUGCCACAGGCGAGCUGCCAGGCAACAACAAUUUGGCCGGUGUGGCGCUGGAGGUGAAUCCAGCAGUGAAGACCAUCUCAGAUGCCAUCAAGGACCCUGUUUGGCACAAGUACAUUCAAGAUGCUAUCAACCAUGCGAACAAUGAUCCGAAUGUGUGCAUCAGCAACGCGUGGAAGAUCCAGAAGUUUGCCAUUGUGCCACGUGAUUUCUCAAUCCAAACAGGUGAGUUUACCCCCUCACUGAAGCUGAAGCGAUCAGUUGCAGAAGCAACGUGGAAGGAGCUGAUCGAUCCCUUGUUCUAGUCGUUGAGUCGUUGAUCACUUGAAACUGAGUGCAAUAUUAAGUUGACCUGACCUCUUGGUGCAGUUGCAACCAUGGGGCACUGGCAAAUCACCUCUGGUUGCAAAGUUUAUCAACCGUUACGACUGAUUUC